CGGGGCGGCGCCGAGCCCCGCCGGAGCAGGGCGCAGGGUGCUGGGCGACCCGGCCGGGGGCGCCAGGGCGAAGAUGGCGAGCGUGGGGUUGCAGUUCCAGGCGAGCGCCGGGGAUGCGGACCCCCAGAGCCGGCCUCUGCUGCUGCUGGGCCAGCUGCAACACCUGCACCGCGUGCCCUGGAGCCACAUCCGCGGGAAGCUGCAGCCCCGGGUCACCGAGGAGCUCUGGCAGGCAGCUCUGGCCACGCUCAACCCCAACCCCACGGACAGCUGUCCCCUCUACCUGAACUGCGCCACAGUGGCAGCUCUGCCUUCCAGGGUGAGCCGGCAUAACAGCCCUUCUGCCGCCCACUUCAUCACCAGGCUUGUGAGAACCUGCCUGCCUCCUGGAACCCACCGGUGCAUCCUGAUGGUUUGUGAACAGCCUGAGGUUUUUGCCUCUGCCUGUGCCCUGGCGCGAGCCUUCCCACUCUUCACACACCGCUCAGGGGCAUCCCGGCACACGGAGAAGAGGACGGUCGUGGUGGAGUUCUUCCUGGUGGGACAGGACAAUGGCCCCGUGGAAAUGUCCACCUUGCAAUGUUUAACCAAUGCCACAGAAGGUGUGCGGCUGGCUGCCCGCAUCGUGGACACGCCAUGCAAUGAGAUGAACACGGACAUCUUCCUUGAGGAGAUUAGCCAAGUUGGAAAGGAGCUGGGGAUCACCCCCACCAUCAUCCGGGAUGAACAGCUGAAGACCAAAGGAUUUGGAGGAAUCUAUGGUGUUGGCAAAGCUGCCCUCCACCCACCUGCUCUGGCCGUCCUCAGUCAUACCCCUGAUGGGGCCACACAGACCAUUGCCUGGGUGGGAAAGGGCAUCGUCUAUGACACUGGUGGCCUCAGCAUCAAAGGAAAGACCACUAUGCCAGGGAUGAAGCGAGACUGUGGGGGUGCUGCAGCCAUCCUGGGAGCCUUCAGAGCUGCCAUCAAGCAGGGUUUCAAAGAUAACCUCCACGCUGUGUUCUGCUUGGCUGAGAAUGCAGUGGGGCCCAGUGCCACCAGGCCUGAUGACAUCCAUCUUCUGUAUUCAGGAAAGACUGUAGAAAUCAACAACACAGAUGCGGAGGGCAGGCUGGUGCUGGCAGAUGGGGUGUCCUAUGCCUGCAAGGACCUGGGGGCUGACAUCAUUGUGGACAUGGCCACGCUGACUGGGGCACAGGUGAGCAUCACACUUCACCCCUUCACUGCAGUCCCCAUAAGCCUAACCCCUUUUGGCAGGUGAGAGCGAGCGGCUGUCAUUUUGGAGGAAGGCAGCACAUCUCAUGCUGUUGAAUCAGAACCCUUGCUCUGAUGCUUGUUCAUGGUUCCUUUCUCGGCCCUCCUUUCUGCCUCUUCCUUGGCAUAUUUUCCUGCCUGCCUGCUGCUCCA